UCCGUCGCGUUCGUUCAUCUCCAGUGGUCGUCGCUGUUCCGCUGCAACAGUUAGUUAAAACACACAGCCCGAUUGGUAAAAGGUGCAUUACCCGCUGGAAGCCCCACAAAAGGGAUGCGCGCGGUGGGGGGGUGCCCUUGAGUUCUAGAUGCACCGAAAGAAUGACUCAGUGGCGGUGAAAUCCAGCAAACACGUCCAUCGCAGCCAACCCACCCACCAAAACAUCACAGCCAAGCAAACCAAUUAUGGAGUUUGCCCGCCGAGUUUCCGCUCGCUUUGAAACCAAAAGACUGCCGGAGGAUGUGGACGAUGGCCUGGAGACGCUGGAGGAGUACAAGCAGCGCUGGCGCUCCGUCCGCAUCAUCUACUUCACGAUGUUUCUGAUGGCUUUGGGCUUCAGCAUCAUUCUCACAGGCAUUUGGCCCUACCUCAACAAGCUAGAUCCGGAUGCGGGCAAGGAGUUCAUGGGUCUGAUUGUGGCCGCCAAUCCGCUGGGACAAAUGAUCUUCAGUCCGAUCUUCGGGUGGUGGGGCAACAAGCUGGGCAAGAUUCGUCUGCCACUGCUACUUUCGCUGUCUCUAUUCACGCUGGCCAGCGGCAUAUACUCCUCGCUGGAACUGCGUCCGGACAAUGUGAAGUACUGGAUGCUCUCCUCGCGUUUCCUCAUCGGCGUCAGCUCGGCGAAUAUUGCCCUGUGCCGCUCCUAUUUGUCCGCUGCGACGCGAAUCAGCGAACGCACCCAUGCCGUUGCAAUGGUUUCGCUGGCUCAGGUCCUCGGAUUCAUCAUUGGUCCAACUCUGCAGGCGGCAGUCACACCGCUGGGAGAUCAGGGACACGUCUGGCUGUGGGGCAAGAUGCACUUCAACAUGUACACGGCAUCCGGAUGGAUCAAUGUGCUGAUGAGUAUUGGAAACUUCAUGAUGUUCCUGCCCGGAGUGUUUGAGGAGCACAAAAUUGCAGCUCGCGAGGUGAUGGUGAUGCAGGGCGGCACAUCCGAGAAGGAGACUUGGAAAGGCAUCAAGCCCAGCUAUCUAUCCGCAUGGACUUUGAUCGUCGCCUUCUUUGUUCUGGUAUUCAACUUUGUGCUGCUGGAGACUCUGGGGACAUCCCUGACAAUGGAUAUGUUCGCUUGGUCCAACGACGAGGCCCUAUGGUACAUGGGCAUCAUGAUGACCAUCGCAGCUAUUGUCUCCCUGGUCACGUUCGUUUUGAUUGAGCCCAUGUGCAAGAUUAUCGCCGAGCGUUAUGUGCUCAUCUGGGGCGGAUUUUCGCUGAUGUUUCUCGGUCGCGUGCUCUUCGUGCCUUGGGGUCCGGAUCCGCCAAAGUUGGCGCAGCCUUUCAAUGCCAGCUGGAACCUGAGCGAAAGCGAUCCCAUCUUCUUGGGCUGCCCCACAACGCAGAAAUGGUGCGGCGAACUGCCGGCCUUGACCCUGACGCAGUUCAUCAUUGGAUUUGCCUUCACCUCGAUAGGAUAUCCCAUUGGGGUGACUCUCAUUCAGACCAUAUUCUCCAAAGUUCUGGGACCUCGGCCGCAGGGCGUCUGGAUGGGCUGGAUGACCGGUUCGGGUUGUCUGUCCCGCGUCCUUGGUCCAGUCUUCGUGGGAUCCAUUUACACGCGCCUGGGCACGUUCUGGACCUUCGGCGUUACUUCGGCCAUGAUGCUGGUCUCCAUGUUUUGGUUACAGUGCAGCAAUCGAUUACUAAUCCCGCCCACAUUCGAGAAGGCAACACCGGUCGAACUGAACAAGCACAAUGGUAGCAAGCUGCUAGACGACCACUCACCCGACAAGCACAAUGGUACCCCACCGGAAGAUCUGUCUCCUGAUCAGCCCAUUUUGGGCAAGCACGGCAGCCAGCACUCCAUUUCACAUGCGUAACGACGGCUGGCGAUGGAGCAUCCGUAGAUCUAAGACACAUCGUUGCAAUACUGCCCCUUAAACUAGCUUUAAAAUACAGUGUUUAUUUUUGCACAG